AUAGGGGGAUAAGUGAUAGGGAUGCUCAUCGGAAAAUUCUAAAAAUACCCCUAAAAAAUACUUGCACGACCAAAAAUUGCUACCCUAAACAAUACCUCACGAGCCUUAAAAAUACCAUUUCUAAGAGGAAAACCUUUUUUCUUCUCGGAUACCCCAUAAAAAAUUACUGAUUUUGACCCCUAAAAAUACGAGGAGCAUCACUUUCAAGUUGACAUGGGAAGCACCCCCAUCCACAAACACUUCAUUAAUCGAAUUUGCACAUUUUGUCUCGUGCAUUGGCAAAAGAUAGUGGAAAAUAAAACGGAGAAAGUAGACAAAAGGAUAGAGUUACUAAUACGGUGUUUAACAACACGUAGUAAGUCAUAUGGUGAACAUAUUUGUGGGGUUCCUGUGGUGAUCUCGAGCGAUUCGUCAUGCAUGAAAAGUUUGUUGAUUCGAGUCACGAAAACAAACCUCCUUCACACCCCUUCGCUUGAGAAACGACGAGUUGAAACCUAAUUGCGUAGUAUGGAGAGUAUUUGUGGGAUCCCUGUUGUAGAUGUCGGCGCUUUACACGUGGUACACCAGUCAACACUUGAUGGUGGAAGUGACGAGAUACAAGAAUUAGCGACAAAUAUAUACCACGGGUUAAGUACGGUUGGAUUUGUGUACCUGAAGAACCACGGUAUUCCACAGAACCAGAUUGAUACUGCUUUAAAUGUCAUGGAUGAAUUCUUUACCUUGGACCAGGGCACCAAGGCGAAGUAUUCCAAGACUGACGUGAUGGCUCUGAAUGGAUGGGACAGGAUGGAGGCACAAAAACUUGCAAACUUGGAUGACCCCAAGGUACCUGGUGACUUGAGGGAGUCAUAUGAUGUUGUUCAUCUACAUGGGGCAUGGCCAGAUGAGCACGCCCCGCAAUUAAAGCCUGUCUUUCAGUCGUUGUUCUCAAGCUUGGAAGCACUUAGCAGACAAGUGCUGUCUGUUAUGGCCAUUGGGCUUGGUAUGGAUCAAAGAAUUUUUAGUGAGUUCUUCGAGCACAUGGGUGAGCUAGAAGGAGGAACGGUAAUACGCCUCAACUAUUACCCUGCCCUUGACCAAGAAACAAUAAUCAAGCCAAGUCAGAUGCGAUGUGGUGCCCACACAGACUUUGGUGCUAUAACACUUCUCAUACAAGAUGACAUAGGAGGACUUGAGGUCCAAACGCGGGAUGGGAGUUAUGUACAAGCCACACCCAUCAAGGGAACCAUUAUUGUGAACAUUGGCGACCUGAUGCAACGAUGGACCUCAGACAGACUCAAGUCAAACUUUCAUCGUGUUCAUGUCCCUGAAGAGCCCCAGCGUAAAGUAGCGCGUAAGUCGGUCGUAUUUUUCUGCAUACCGGACAAAAAAGCACUGAUUAAGUGUUUGGAUGGUUCGGACAAGUACCCUCCUAUUAAGUCCGGGGAGUAUAUUGCUGAUCUUGCCCUUAAAAGCUAUGGUAUAAAGUGACCGGACAUCGGACAUAAUGCUUUAGUUAUAACAUGGUGCUUUAGUUAUAAUAAAUACUUUUUAAGAAUUGUAGUGUUUUGGCUAAAUUAUCAAAAUUAGAGAAAUAGGAGGCUUGUGCAAGAACAAAAAUCUAUGCCGCAAAUUAAUAAACCAAAUGUUGAAAAUAAGCAUUUAGAAAUCUGUUCCAGUAAAAAGUCAAACAACAAGUUUUAAAUAAAGUUAGGGUUCAACUCGG